AAAAAAAAAAGAACCAUUUUUUUAGAAUCAGAACGAUUUCACUAUGGAGUCUUCGAGAAAAGUCUUGAACUUUGCUCCGAUUGAGUAAAAAAUGGAUAGACUGAGAGAUUGUUUAGAGGAGAUGGUGAAAUUCACUCUAGAUUGCCGUGUAGAAUUCGAUUUAGAGCUCACCGAUGAUUUCUGCUUUGGCCUUCUUUGCGGCGAAUCAAUUCUUCUCGACGGUGAACGAAUCGAAUCGUCUUCCCACGCUUUGCUACACCGAUUUGGAGGUGUUCCUGAUUAUCCCUUGUACAAGCUUCUUGCUUUAGGUCUGCUGAAAUCAAUAGAUUCUGGUUCUGUCUGUGGAACCUUUGAGAAUAUUUCGUUGGGGAAGGAGGUAAUCUGGUUGAAGGAGAGAGAAGAUGAGUGGAGCAAGCUGAUAAAUCAAAAGGGUUCUGAGUUAGUCAAUGCCUUGACGGAUGUAGCUUGCGAGCUUCACGUUCAAGAGCCCUUAUCCUCACUCAUGAAAGAUGGCAUCAAAACAGUUGAAGCAAGGUGUUUUGAAGCAGAGUAUGAUAGAAUUCGGCCAAGAGGUUCAAUGGUCAUGAUAAAUAAAUGUCUAAUGUUUGAAGUUAUGGAGGUUCACCAAUAUCCAUUCUUUUACGAGCUGUUGAAAGGCGAGAGUUCAGAGAAAGUGUUUCCUGGUACUAAAACAGUGGAAGAAGGUAUGCAAAUGUUUAGGAAGUUGUAUGAUAUGGAUCAAGAGAAUUCCAAUGGUGUUGUGGCAAUCAAUCUUAGUAAAUCAGUUGUCCAGCCUUGUGUUGCUUUGGCUCACAUACUGUCUGGCUUGAGUUACACUGGCGUUCAAAACCUUCUCGGUCUUUCUCACACAACUGGAUCCAUUUUUCAUGCUCUGCCUCCUCCAAGAUCGAUGCUACUCUCUUCAUUCAUGCUUCCAUAUAAGCCAAAGAUAAAAGGUUGUAGAUUGAGCCAUGGAGCUAGAGCAUUAGCCAAGCAUGUUGAUCGAAGUAGUGAUGGAUUUUGGGGUGUUCUUCAGGGAUCUGUCUUCUUCUUCCUUUUUUCAGAUUCAGAUAAAAACAAGUGUGCGAUGAAGAUUAUCAAUCGGUUCAUUGGCCAUUGUUGUUGGAUGAACGUACAUAUCGUUCCACCACACGGGGAAGUGUUUGAGAUAAGAGUAGCUCAAGGCUUUGGAGCACGUUGGUCUCGAGAUGGAACCAAAUUUCUGGUUCUUUUUAUUGGCAGUUCAUUGGGUUUCUUGAGCCUUACAUGGAGGAUGGUCACUCCAUGGCCUGGAAGCAUUAAGACCAGACAUGAAAACAUCUCUGUGUCUCUCUCUAGGACUCCGUGAACUUUCUAUUGUAGCUGAAUCGUGUUUUCUUUCAACAAGUGUAAAUUUGUAAUGUUUAUUUUCUUGUGACAAUAAAAUCAACUUUCUUUAUUCUAACUAAUUAAAGGUAAAGGAUUUUGUGGUU